AUGACCUCCUCGAAGCCCCUUGUUUUGCUCACAGGCGCAUCCGGUUUCCUGGGGUAUCUUACUCUGGUAAAUCUCCUCAAAUCGGGCUAUCGAGUUCGGGCUGUUGUUCGCUCGCAGGCCAAGGCAAACAAGAUCCUCACCGCCCCUUCGCUUCGGGACCUCGACCCAUCCCCCGAAACUCUUCUGUUUAGCAUUAUCUCGGAUCUAUCAAUUCCAGGCGCUCUUGAUGACGCCUUCCGAGAUGUGACGUACGCAAUUCACGUUGCAUCACCCGUGCCCGCUUUUGGGGCCAACCAUGGACCACCAACGGAGGAGUACGACGAGUAUUUUGUACAAAACGCCGUAAAUAUAGACGUCGGUUUACUUAAAAGUGCUGCAACUGUUGAUUCCGUACGCAGAGUUGUGUUCACAUCCUCGUGUAUGGCUGUUGUACCAUUCUCUUAUUACGCUGGUGGAGAUGUAGAUUACCACGUGCGAUUUGGCCCAGACAGCCGAACUACAAAUAUCGCUGGUCCGCUGGGCAAUGACGUUCAGGCUUAUGCAGCGGGAAAAAUUGCUGCCUUGAAUGCCGUGGAGAACUGGAUUUCCGAGACCUCCCAGAAGAUCAAAUUCGACACAAUAACCGUUGUGCCUGGAUUUAUAUUUGGCAGGAAUGAGCUGACCGAAUCCAUCGAAGACCUGAGAGUUGGGAGUACGAACUCGGUAUUGCUUAGCUUUUUGCUUGGAGGACAAAACGAAUGGCCGUACAACGGCAACUCCGUGCUUGGAAGCGACGUAGCGCAAGUUCUCGUCAAGGUACUGAAGCCAGAAGUUGAAGGCAACCAGUCGUUCAUUACUUCAAAGGCUAUUACAUGGGAGGAUGCACUUGAUACAAUUCGGAACCAUUAUCCCGAGGCAGUCUCGGCUGGACAGUUGAGCGCUACUGGUAAGCAGCCUACAUUGCCAAUUAUACUAGACAGUUCCAAGACGGAGAAGGUUUUAGGAAUUACGUUUUCUACAUUCGAGGAACAGGUCAGGGAGGUUGCCAACCAGUAUCUUGAGCUACAUGACGCCAGACAGACAGCUUCAAGGACAACAUAG